AUGGCCAACGAGUGCCUUUUGUUUUUGGCUGGACAUAGACCACUUCUUCGAACGAUAAAACAUUACUGGGUCUGGGUCUGGGGGUGUGGCUUUUUAGUCACCUCUGUAGUUGGCGGGAAUAAUGAGACGGACCGAUUGGCGUUGCUUGAGUUCAAAGCCAAGAUCAUUAAUGACCCUUUCCAAGUUAUGAGCUCUUGGAAUGACAGCUUCCACUUUUGUCGAUGGCGAGGUGUCACCUGUGGUCGACGACAUCAGAGGGUCACCAUGUUGGACCUACAAUCUUCGAAACUGGUAGGCUCUAUAUCACCACAUGUUGGAAAUUUAUGUUUUUUGAGAAUUCUUACCCUCCAAAACAAUAGUUUUCCUGAUGAAAUCCCUCUAGAAAUUGGUCGUUUACGAGAUUGCACCGCGCUUGUGUCCAAUAACACUUUUAGUGGCAAAAUUCCAAGCAAUAUAUCCAAUUGCUCUAGCCUUGAAGAGCUUCGUGUCCGUAACAACCUUUUGACGGGAGAAAUCCCUGCAAUGCUUGGCACCAUGUCAAAACUUCGAGUUUUUUCUAUGAGCUCCAAUAAUCUGAUAGGAAGAAUCCCACCUUCUUUCGGAAACUUAUCGUUUCUAGAACUGUUUGGUUCAACAUAUAAUAACUUGCAUGGGAUUAUCCUAGAUUCUUUUGGCCAGUUGACCAAGCUUGAACAACUUGGUCUGGGUGUAAAUAAGUUGUCUGGAAAAAUUCCUCACUCAGUCUUCAAUAUUUCUUCAAUAAACCUCUUCGAUAUAGGAGACAACCAAAUCCAGGGGCAUCUUCCAUCAAACAUAGGCAUCACUCUUCCAAAUAUCAAACUAUUACACAUUGGCAACAACCGAUUUACUAGAUCUAUCCCAGUUUCAAUUUCUAAUGCCACAAAUCUAGAUACACUUGAAUUGGAUGGGAAUAAACUAAGGGGAAAAGUUCCUUCUUUGGAGAAGCUAAAUAGAUUUUCAAGAUUUGUCAUUACCGGUAACAAUCUUGGAAAUGGAGGGGCAAAUGACUUGAAUUUUCUCUGUUCUUUGACAAAUACCACCUAUUUGACCGUAUUGGCUUUAAAUAUCAAUAAAUUUGGGGGAGAGUUGCCCAAAUGCAUUGGCAAUUUGUCAACUAGCCUCGCUUGGUUGCUUCUAGAAACUAAUAAAAUAUACGGAAAGAUUCCUACCGAAAUAGGAAAUUUGAUCAACAUGGAGAGACUUGAUAUGUGGCAGAACAAAUUAUCAGGUAAUAUUCCCUCUGAAAUUGGAAAGUUUCAAAAGCUACAAUUUUUGGCACUACAUGAAAACAAUUUAUCUGGGAAGAUUCCAUUUUCUUUUGGAAAUUUGACCAUCUUGACAAACUUGUAUUUAUACGAGAAUAAUCUUCAAGGCAAAAUCCCUCUUAGCAUAGGCAAGUGCCAAAAUUUGAUCAAUUUGUUUCUUGCUAAUAACAAUCUCAGUGGUUUGAUAUCCCCACAGGUCAUUGGUCUUUCAUUCUCACCAAUUAGGCUAGAUUUGUCUGCCAACCAAUUUACUGGUGUCAUUCCCAUGGAAUUAGGGAAUUUCAAAAUUUUAGAAUAUUUGGAUAUUUCAGAAAACAUGUUGUUUGGUAAAAUUCCAGAAAGUCUGGGUAGUUGCGUAAAGUUAGAAUUUCUAGCAAUGAGAAGAAACCAAUUUCAAGGGAUUAUUCCACCAUCUUUGGCAUCAUUAAGAGGCCUUAGAUCUCUAGAUCUUUCUAACAAUAAUUUGUCUGGAGAGAUUCCAAAAGUUUUGGAGAACUUUGUCUUUUUGCAAUUUUUGAAUCUAUCUUUCAACCAUUUUGAGGGUGAGGUUCCAAUAGACGGAGUUUUCAAGAAUAUGAGUGCAACUUCAAUUAGAGGAAAUGAUAAGCUUUGUGGGGGCAUGCCUAAAUUUCAACUUCCUAAAUGCAAAUAUGAAAAAUCCAAAAAGAGAAAGUUGACCCUUACCUUGAAAUUAAUGAUCUCUAUAUUUUCUGGGCUUCUUGGAGUAUCUUUGGUUUUGUCACUUCUACAUCUUUUUUGUUUAAGAAAGAAAAGAAAAGAAAAUAUCUCAAGUGACUUAGGAAAUUUUCUUUUGAAUCUCUCUUACCAAAGUCUCCUAAAGGCGACCAAUGGGUUCUCUUCUACCAAUUUAAUUGGUGCAGGUAGCUUCGGGUCUGUGUAUAAAGGAAUUCUUGAUGAAGGUAGACAUACAGUUGCUAUUAAGUUUUUUAACCUUUUGCAUCAUGAAGCUUCCAAAAGUUUCAAAAUAGAAUGUGAGGCUUUACGAAAUAUUAGACAUCGAAAUAUUGUAAAGGUCCUCACAUCAUGUUCUAGUAUUGACUAUCAAGGCCAUGAUUUUAAGGCUUUGGUAAUGGAGUUCAUGGGAAAUGGAAACCUAGAUGAAUGGCUGCAUCCAACUCCAAGAAUAAAUGAGACUCUUGAGGAACCAAGAAAUUUGAGUCUUCUUCAAAGGUUGAAUAUUGCCAUUGAUGUUGCUAAUGCAUUGGAUUAUCUUCAUCAUCAUUGCCAAACACCAAUCGUUCAUUGUGAUCUCAAGCCUAGCAAUGUCCUUAUUGAUGAUGAAAUGAUUGGACAUGUAGGUGACUUUGGCUUGGCAAGAUUCCUUUUUAAUGCUAUCCAAGAUUCUUCUAUUAACCAAUCAAGCUCUAUUGGUGUAAGAGGAACAGUUGGUUAUACUCCUCCAGAGUAUGGACUGGGAAGCGAGGUGUCAAUAUAUGGUGAUAUAUAUAGUUAUGGCAUAUUAUUGUUAGAGAUGUUCACGGGAAAAAAGCCAACUGAUAACAUUUUUCAAGAUAGUUUAAACCUUCAUGAAUUUGUUAAAGUAGCCCUGCCGGAACGAGUAAUUGACAUUAUAGAUCCUAUCCUUCUUUGGGAAAGAGAAGGAGAGAAUAGAGUGAAUGACAUUACUUGCAAUGAGAGCCAAAAUGGAAGUCCGAAGAGACUAGAAUGCUUGAUUUUUAUACUUGAAAUUGGAGUUGCUUGUUCCGUUGAAUUUCCAAGAGAAAGGAUGAACAUGGGUGCUGUUAUAAUUGAGCUACACUCAAUUCGAAAAAAAUUUCUUGGAACUAAUAUACACAGACAAAGGUUUCAAGCUACAGGUGAACAAGGAUGAUGACUUCUUAUCAAGGUUGUCCACAAGGUUUUCCAGUUUAUGAUAUACAGCAUUGCAGCAACUUAUCUAUCCUGUAUCGAUCCCAUAGCAGUCAUGUUGUUUUUGUUUUUUUUCCCCC